AUGCCGUACAUCAUAUCUGAAGCCCAAGCAGGGUUCAUCCCAGGGAGGAAAAUAGCAGAUAACAUCAUUCUUGCUCAUGAGCUAGUUAAGGCCUAUAGCAGGAAACAUAUAUCUCCUAGAUGGAGAAAGCCUUUUGAAGCUACUAAAGGACUCAGGCAGGGUGAUCCCAUAUCACCAUUUCUAUUUGCAAUUGCAAUGGAAUGCCUAAGCAGGCUGCUCAAAGGAUUGAAACAUGUUAAGGAAUACAGGUAUCACCCUAGAUGUGGUAAGCUGGAUAUAACUCACCUCAGCUUUGAAGAUGACCUACUGAUGUUUGCUAGGGGUGAUAGUAAGUUUGUCUCCACUUUACAUGCUUGUUUUAUGCAGUUUUCUGCUGCAUCUGGACUGCUAGCUAAUCCCAAUAAGAGUGCAAUCUAUUUUGGAGGAGUUGCUCAGGAUACUAGACAGGAAAUUCUACAGCAGACUGGAUACUUACUUGGGGAGUUACCUUUCAAAUAUCUGGGCAUCCCACUGGAUACAAAGAAGCUAUCAACUAUGCAAUGUCAACCACUGAUUGACAGAAUAGUUGCAAGGAUUUCCUCUUGGACAGCUCGAAAACUAUCUAAUGCUGGAAGGGUGCAGUUAGUCCAAACAGUGAUAUUUGGUAUCCAAUCUUACUGGUCCCAAAUAUUUAUUCUACCAGCUAAAGUGAUGAAUCUAAUAGAGUCAUAUUGCAGAAGCUAUAUAUGGUCUGGCUCUAAUACAAUUACAAAGAGAACUUUGAUAGCAUGGGAUAGAAUGUGCUUACCUAAAUCUGCUGGAGGGUAUAAUGUGCUGAAUAUCAGAGUGUGGAAUAAAGCUGCUAUCACUAAAGUAUAUUGGGAUCUGGCACAGAAGAAAGACAAAAUGUGGAUAAAAUGA